AUGCCGGACUGCGCAACAGAGGCACGAUUAGGAAGGGUCACAAGCCAGGGCACCCGCUGCGGGGCACGCAAGCUCUACACGGGUCCGAGCGUCCGCCGCCUCCCCCCGCCGCGCUCGCGCGCGGAGCCGGAAGUCGCGUCACUCACGGGAGGAAGUGUGGCGAGGAGCCGGAAGUUGGCUGCCGGCAGCGGUGGGGGCGCGGGGAAAGGUUUAUAUACGGUGUACGUGUUGAGUAACUCCGCCUAUCUUCCCGCUUCAGGACGGAGAGAGGCCGCGCCGGGAGUCCAGCGGGACCGGGACGGUCCCGGGGCGGUGGGCACUGCGAGGCGCAAGAAGAGGGGACGGGAACUCAUGAGGAACAAGGCCACGAUCAAGGGCAGAGUCGUGAAGUCGGCGAUAGAGGAGUAUCAUAAGAAGAAGGCUGUGGAUCACAUGAGAGAAAACCUGAAGUACAUGUUAAAAGGACGAAUUGUUGCAAAGAGAGCCAUCACAGAACAAGUUCUUGCCCAGAACAGAGGCAGGAAGUCCAAAGAUCAGCCUCCAAAGAAGGCAGCAAAGAAGAAGCCUGAGGGCACCGUCUUUACUGAGGAAGAUUUCCGUAAAUUUGAGAGAGAAUACUUUGGGAGGCCAUAAACAAGGUGACAGGGAUUCUUGUAGCUCCAGUCUUUGUGCAGCUGGACUGGCCAUUUCCCUAGUGUCCUUGGAGAUGUGCCUCUGUCAGCAGGUGCUUUGACAUCCCACUUGCGAGCAGCUCGAUGUCUGUGCAGAACUUGCUACUGGCCGGCUAGAGCCAUGGAGGUUCUCUUGGCUCUGAGAUGUGUUAUGAGUACCUCCCUCCAGCCAACAUCUUGCAUCCUUACUGUGUAAGGGUGAACCAAACCACAUAUAGACCUUGUUCUCCAUUCUCGGGUUGUAAGGCUUCUGCUGCUGGUGUUACUUGGCUGGGAGCAUUUAAAGUACUGCGUCUGAAUGGAGGAAUGUUUUGGACUAGCAGUAAUGAAUUACUGGAAGGGAAGCAUGCCUCAAAGAUUGUUAAACCUGAGUAGCCCUACAGGUUCUUAUUACAGCCUCUGUCAGGUUUGUCAGUAAUUGCAAAAAUGUUUUUAUAUAUUGUUUGAUUAAAUAAUUG